GUGUUUUCCAGGGUGUCUUCACUCUCCAGGCAGCGGCUGAAGGCUGAAGGCUCUGCCGGAACUCUGCAGCCUCACUCGGCUCGGAUCUUUUCUAACACCGCGGGGUUCGGUCCAACAUGGCGGCUUACGGAUGGAAAUACUGAUGACAGUCCGAAAGAUCGCCUCGAUUUGUACGAUGGGCGCCAAUGCCUCUGCCUUGGAAAAGGAGAUUGGACCGGAACAGUUUCCCGUUAACGAACACUACUUCGGAUUGGUCAACUUCGGCAACACUUGCUACUGUAACUCGGUGCUGCAGGCUCUGUACUUCUGUCGACCGUUCAGGGAGAAGGUGUUGGCGUACAAGGUGCAGCCGCGUCGUAAAGAGUCGCUCCUCACCUGUCUGGCCGACCUGUUCAACAGCAUCGCCACGCAGAAGAAGAAAGUCGGAGUCAUCCCGCCCAAGAAGUUCAUCUCACGGCUGAGAAAGGAAAAUGAGCUGUUCGACAACUACAUGCAGCAGGACGCCCACGAAUUCCUCAACUACCUCCUCAACACCAUCGCGGACCUGCUCCAGGAGGAGAAGAGCCAGGAGCGACAGCAGAAUGGAAAACUGGUGCAGAAUGGUGGCGGUGGCGGCGGAGGAGGAGGAGGAGGGGGAGGUGGCGGUGGUGGAGGAAGUACAGGAGGAGGAAGUGAGGGAGGAGGAGGAGAAGGAGAAGGAGGAAAGGAAACACAACAGACUUGGGUCCAUGAGAUCUUCCAGGGAACACUGACCAAUGAGACGCGCUGCCUCAACUGUGAAGCUGUGAGCAGUAAAGAUGAAGACUUUCUGGACCUGUCGGUGGACGUGGAGCAGAACACCUCCAUCACGCACUGUCUCAGGGGCUUCAGCAACACAGAGACGUUAUGUAGUGAAUACAAAUAUUACUGUGAGCAGUGUCGCAGCAAACAGGAAGCCCAGAAAAGGAUGAGGGUGAAGAAGCUACCGAUGAUCCUCGCCCUCCACCUGAAGCGCUUUAAGUACAUGGACCAGCUGCACCGCUACACCAAACUGUCCUAUCGCGUCGUCUUCCCCCUGGAGCUCCGCCUCUUCAACACGUCUGGGGACGCCACCAACCCCGACCGCAUGUACGACCUGGUGGCCGUCGUUGUACACUGUGGCAGUGGUCCAAACCGCGGACACUACAUCACCAUCGUCAAGAGCCACGGCUUCUGGCUGCUGUUCGACGACGACAUUGUAGAGAAAAUCGACGCGCAGGCGAUCGAGGAGUUCUACGGUCUGACGUCGGACAUUUCCAAGAACUCUGAGUCGGGAUACAUCCUGUUCUACCAGUCCAGAGACUGAACCAGCCAGCGGUAAAUCCCCAACAGACUGUCUACUCAACAGAGGGGGGAGGCGCUUAUGGCUGCCACCGGCUCCGCCCAGUACGCUCACAUAAGUAUCCAGGCUUUAUUUCCUGUUAUAGGCGGAGCUUUGCACUGGAGCGCCACUCGGAUCGGGUUGAGACGUGUUCAGGUCGCAUGGCAGCCUCCUGGAUUACGACCGUUCAAAUCCUCUGAAGCCCGCACUGCAAAAAAAAACAAAAAAACAAAAAAAGCACCUUAAAGAAACAAGAUGGCUGAUUCUGUAACACUCGCUUUGCACUGGGGCAUCAGCUGGGAAGACUUGAGUAACGCCAAUCCAAGAGGCUGACAUCGCCGCGCGCACGUCGGUCCAUUUCGGAAGGUGAACGUUUCGGGAUUGUUGAGAUGAUGCAGAGUAACCAAUCAACUGCUUCGGAUGAGACACUUUAGCAACUUUCUGAUUGCAAUCCUCAUCACGGUAACCAUCACAGUCUUCUUUAGCGUUUUUUUAUUUUUGGUGUGCAUAUUAUACCGUGCUAAAUUAGCUUUACGCUAACACACAAGUACCGCGCGCUCACCCCGGGAAGAGUCGUCAAGAAAAUCAUUCUGGAGAAACGCCCCGCAAACAUUUAGGGACGCACUUGGAGCGCAACGCGGUUGCUAGUUUGCGGUGUUUGUAUUAUGAAGUGGUGCUAACGUCAUAUAGUGUUAAAGGCGAAACGAGAGGCUCAUUAUUUUCAUUUGUAACACAGAAAGAUAAAAAACAAAAAUCGAGGUUUGAUUUUUACCAAAAACAUAAUUUGAGGUUUCUCGAUUGUUUCGUUUCUCAGCAACAAUUGGUAAAAUCCAAAAAUGAUGAGCCUUACGGGAGCAAACUAACUAACUAACUAAGCGCUGAGUGAAAGUUUUAAAGUUGCCGGUGUGUCGUGCCAUUACGGGUCAUUUUCAGUGCCACGGAGGAAAAAAAAAACUCAACAAGGGAAGACACUGAACGAAGAGCGGUUGGGCGUUUUUUUCGUCGUCCAACAGCACAAGCUAACUUUUGUUUUGUUACGUCGGCUUUUUCAUGGCAAGCAAAGGUUUGUGACUUUUUAUUUUUAAGAACGCCAGAAUAUGCACAUUUGUAUCAUUUCCAAAGGGACGAGUAGCUUUUCUUUACUUUGAAGUCCAAGUCUGACAUCCAAACCGCCACCGUCCUUAUUAAACCGCGCUGCAGCUGGUUAUUAUGAAGUCCACCUCAUAAUGUCAAUCCAAGCCACCAAUCACACGCUGGUAAAACGUUUUGGGCUUCAGUGUUUCUCCUGCAGCUGCAGCUCUGGCAGGCAGACAUAACUUUUACAUAACAUGUUUUUCACUCCUUGAAUUUGAACCCUCAGUUAUGCCGAGCGAUGUUAACGGUCCACUGUCAACGUGGUAUAUUUAAUACCGUGAGACAGCUCAAAUCCAUUUAAAGAAAUCAAUAAUUAAUAAUGAAAAUAAUCAUUAGUGUCAGCCGUAUCAUAACGAGUAAAUAUGACAACAAAUCCUCCUGUAUCAAUAAUUUAAAGGUCCGGUGUGUAAUAUUUAAGGAGAUCGAUUGGUAGAAAUAAUCAUAACUGUUUUUAUUUGUGUAUAUUAACCUGAAAAUAGGAUUUAUUAUGUUUUUAUUACCUUAGAAUGAGACUUUUAUUGGCUCUCGAUGGGAGUUUCGCAGCCACUGUAGUUUAUCAAUCAUGCUCGGAACAGGAGGGUGAGGCAAGCAGUAUUCAGUUGGUCGCAAUCUGCAACUUCACCACUAGAUGCCACUAAAUCCAACACACUGCACCUUUAAUGAUAACACUUGAGAUGUGACUCCAAUACGGCUGCAACUAACAAUUGUUUUUUCAACUUAUUUAGUCGAUAAAAUAAUUUAAAAAAUCUGAAUUUGUCAGUUUACAGAUUGACAGUUUUGUCCACAGCUAAACUAAACAUCUCAUCCUCACAUUUAAGAAGCCGGAGCCAGUAAAUAUUUAUGUAGAAUAAGUAAUUAUCCUACAUAAUUGGCUUUAGUCUCUGAUUAUGACGCCUUCGCUGAUGCCAUUUUUUAAAAACACUCGUUCUCACUGACUUAAACGACCUCCAUUUCAUUUAACGCACAAACAAACCAAACGUUUGGUUUUUUUAACAUUUCUUUUACACUGCCAUGCUCGUGAGGCUCCACCCGACUAAGCUGCCCCACAUUAACAAGCAAGCUCACCCCCCACCUCCCGUCACUCUUUGUAACAGUGCUGCAGCAGAUGGAAAGUGAAUGGAAACAUGCUCUCUGCAGCCUUUAAAGGUGUUUAUAUUCGACAGUAGCAGAGUGGCCCGGGCAGAGGGUCGAGUAUUAACCGAAUGUUAAUGUAAGUAACAGAAAAACAAGUUGUCUCAAUAAUCUGAAGUUGCUCUCUCUCCUGCUAAGACAAGAAAAGCACUUUUUUUAACGACGUGUAUUUGUAACAAACAUGCUUUUAUUCUGAAGGAGACAUCGCAGUGUUUGCUCAGUGUUUUCACGUUACAUUACCAUUGGCCACCACAACACCUUGCAAUCACAUGUUGCAAAAGUUGAGUUAGAGGCUACGUAAUGUUUGAAAGACCGCCAGCAAACUCAGCCAAACUAUUUUAGUUUUUUUAUUUUUAUUUAGCAGUUAAAACCUCUUUAUUACAACCACAGAAAUGUGUCCUCGAACGCCUCGCUCGGCUGUUCAACUUUUCAAAAACGCUGCAAAUAACCGAAGGAAAGGGAGAGCGACUUCAGACGGCGUGGUCCCCCCAACACUUCCCUUCAUUCACUGGGUUGAGACUUGAAGUCAACACUAUUUCCUUUUCCUUGUCUGUGCUGCUCUUAAACUCGACUAUAACCUACACGAGCGGAAGAAUUGUUGAAUUUGUUUCGCGGUCGAUCCACUUUUGUUUCACAUCGUUUUCUUUUGAAAAGUCAGAAAAGGUUUGUUUUAUGGUUGCAAAAUGACUUGAAAUGCAGAUUAUAUCCAGACACCAAGGGAAACUGUGGACUCCUUUUUUUGUUUCUAUAUACUCAUUAUAUAAAUUAACAAGCACAAAAACGCAUUACGUGGUCCACAGAUUCAGUUUGGAGCUGGUUAUGAUUCUGCCUUUAAUAAAAAUGCAGUUUCACAGUUUUAUUUGUUUUUUUAGAUUGUAAAUGUCUCAUAUCAUCAACAAGAAACAAAGUGUUGGAAACAUGUUUAAACAAGGCUCUUCUUUUUUUAUUUAAAUACUAUUAAUAUUAUGAAUGUUUAUCUUUUUCUUAGAUGUUUCACUUGUUUUUGAUAUAUUUCACUAAUUUUACUCGUCUACCAUUCUUGUGUAGGCAGUUUUGGAUAAUUGAAGAUUAUUUUGGGAGUAUGUGACGAGAGAUGUUGAUGUGUACAUAAAUACAGAUUGUUAUUAUUGGAAUAUAAAUAUUUGCUUGCUUGAAAUAAUCAGCAAACCUAGAUCAAAAAAUGUUAGCGGACGUUAUAUCUCUAAAUACUUUUACUCUGGUAAUGAAUCAUUACGCCUGGUGCUUAAAAAGUAACAAGCCCAAAACUUAUCUGGUGUCCCAGGCAGCCUAAACCAAACAGCCCAAAGCAAAUGAGCUCAUAUUAUGUAAUCUGACUGAUCUUUAAUAAACAGAAAACUGAUUUCAUGAAGUUUACUUUGAAGAAGUUCUCCGGACAAGAAACUGCUGUGCAGAAAGUGACUGACCAAAAACUGUUGUAUCACUGUGUCAAAGGAAAAAUCCACUUUAAAAUACGUGAACAUAAAAAAAAGAAAAUCAACUGUUUUUUUGUUUUUUUUUGUUCUGUUUUAUGGUUUUGUUGUGAAAAACUUCUAGAAUAACCGGCUCCACAGAAACAUUUCAGAUUAAAAUGGUAUAAUUCAGUAUCACGUUUCCAGAUGUGUCUUCUAUAAAGUUAAGAUCGCUCACUGGAACCAAACCAUAGAUCGUAGAAAUCAUGGAUGUAGUAUCCAUGACGUGACAUAACAUGGGGACUUAUGGAGACUAAUGAAAUGCCCCGAUAUGUCCGAUUGAACACAUUUAAACCUCGUUUGGGGGUUUUAGGGAAUCGAGUCGAAGCACCAACUCAUUUGUCGGGUGGAUUUUUCCUUUAACAUCAUUUGUCGUCCUGUCCUCUGAAAGGUCCACAUCAUUCCCUCUGUUCAGACUCACCAAGAAUGUAAAUGUUUUGAAGUCGAACAGUGACUGAAUGUGUCAUUAACACUCUGAUGUACGUUGAACAGUGACAGCAGCCUCAUGGACACAAACAAACCAUAGGACUCACAAUGUAGUAAACUAAAGAAACGCACGCCUUCAGAAAAUAUUCAAACUCCUUGAUUUGCAGUUUUUUUUCUGCAUAGAUUUACGUAAAAUACAUUUGCAGGUGCAAAAACAGAAAAAUCAAGGUGGUUGAGUCUUUUCUGCAAGGUCUGCUCUUAUUUUGGUAACCAGUCUCAGACAGACAGAAGUGGGUUUUUUUGUGGCAGACAUUUAAUUGGCCAUGAAACUGCACAGUCUGGUCUGAGGACAAAGAGUUGAAUCGUCGUUGUGUGGAGGCUGCUGUCUGAAGUUCAUUCUGAAUACAUGUAGAUGAAGUGAAGGUUGGGAAGUGACGGCUGCUUCUGAUGGUGUCCAAACUGUUUGAAAUAAAACACAAACUGGUUUGAAGAUGGAAUAAUCUA